AUGCAGAGCUCGUACGAAUGGUCUCUCAGAGCCGACAGGAGCAACGAUGGAAAAUGGCAGCAGGUAGAUCUCCAAGACGUAUUCCGGGAGUCGGAAGCUACAAAACUGUGGUUUUACCUCCUGGCAGACGGAGAAAUAAACGCUUGCGAUCCGAGCCGAGGAUGCAAUGGGCGCCAUGGGAGCGCCAUGUGCGAAAAAUGCUUCCCGCUCGCAGGUCCGUCGGAGGACGCUGAAGGUUACCUCUGCUCCGCACGCUUCAUGGACAGUUGGACGUGGUCUGAUCGACCAAGUGCCGCUCACAUCGGCAAAUAUCUCAACGAGCUGGAAAACGAGGAAUAUUCGAUAGCUUGCGAGUCUGCCUGCACUACGUUAUGGUCCCAGCGCUUGCGUCAACAGCUGGUUCUUACCGAAAGAUUCUUCCUCGCUCACAAACGACUCGCGAACGAGGCCCCCGGAAGCUCGUCCGGCAGGAAGAACUGCCCGGGAAAUUUCACAAAGCAAGCCUCAACUGAAGCCCAAGCCACGAACUCUGGCUCGACUAAUGCGGCGAAUGCUGAUUUCGCCGAGGCGAAACCAACGGAAGCUUUAGCUCGCCUUGGUUCUAAAGCUGCGUUGGGAUUCGCGUUUGCCUUCCUCAAACGCGCUUGGCGAUGCGGCGAAGAUGGAGAUCUAUGCUCUGAUCUGUUACGGGACGCUCUACAGGCACUUCAGGUGCUUCCGCCAGCAACUCUCUUCCGGCACGAGAACUCUGUGUGGCUAGAAGUAGUUGCCAUGAGCCACAAAUUCCUCCGGAACGUGAUUUUGGGGGAGUUGAACAUGAACGUUCCCGAUGUGGAUCGUCAGCUUGCCUUGCGCCUGAUGUUCGAGUUGGUUUUGCAACAAGCGUCUCUGAGCCAAGUUUUGUCAGCUGUACAAUUGCUCUGGAUGCUGUGGGGUAAAGCCGACAACCGUCAGCCACGAGCGAUGUGUGCGCCGCUCGUCUCCGUUCUCAAGAAGUUCCAUCGCAUAGCUGACGAAAGCGAGUGGCCGAAGGACGAUGAGCGCGUCAAUCCGAAUCGCGCAUUGCUGCAAUUUCUCACCUUGCCGACGGUGGAUUCGGAUGCUGGAGGCGAGGAAAUUCUGAUUGAUCUGAAGCAAUGCGCCAUGAUCAUCAUGGCGCUGCUGGACAAGAUGGCUGCUCCUCACCUCCCGAAGUCUCUCAAGGAGAACGCGAUCUUUUCACAGCCCUCCGAGAAACGACAGCAGAUUUUCUACUCUGGUAGCCGUCGGAUUUGUAGCAGUUACGAAGAAACCCAAGAACCCACACUCUUGAGCGAUCUGCACUUCGACGUGAAAGACGUUGUGGCUUGUGAUUCAUGGAUGAUCUUUCUCGGGAGAGACGGAAAUAUAUACAGACAGGACUUCGAUGCGAUGUUUUUGUUCCCCCAACACCUAGUCCACGUGAAGGAGAAGAUGAAUCUCAUAUGCUGUAAUCAGAACGAAAUGUUCGCUGUUAGCGUUGAGGGAAAGCUUUUCAAAUGGUCUCUGAAAGACGCAAGUGAUAUAAGACGGAUACCGAAUAUCCCGGAUGGUAUUGAAGCCAUGGAUACCUGUCAGGAAUACUCCCUGUUGAUUUGUGGCAAGGGACAGCGUUUGAUAGUUCUAAAAGCUCACGAAGAAACACCGGGUGAAGUUAGGAACCUAGGCAGCGCCCGUUUGGUAAAAGUCACCAUCGGACAAAACGUCAACCUGGCUCUAACCCAGCACGGUGGGUUGUACAUCUGGGGCAGCGAUCAGCCCUUCCCGGAAUUGAGUUGUCUCCACCGGAACGUGGAGAACAUUUUCGGCGGUUUCGGCCGAUGCAUAGCGCUUCAUAGGGACGGACCCAUGUACAUGUGGACCAGCUCGUGUCAUUCUCCGAUUCAUCUCGAGAGCGUCAUGAAAGGCCUGAAAACAAAGCACUGCGAACUGGGGCCAACGCGAUGCGUGUUCGUCGCGGAAGAUGAUUCCUACUGGUUGUGGGACUAUCAGACCCCCUCCGCCAACCGGCUAAACAGUCUCGAUGGUGUGCCGUUUGGUGGGUUGUGUUGUCGAUUUGCCUCGAUGAUCGUGUGGAGCGAAUCCUGCAACUUACCUGAUCCGAAGCCUCUUCCAUUCCUCCUCGAUUUGAAUUCGACGACUAUUGAACACAUGGAAAGGCUUCUCGCAGUUUGUGGGACCGAGGACGGCGAUGAAUCCUUAGGGCAGGAGAAAGAAACCAUAGCUGUCGCCACUCUGAAUCUGUUGACCCUUCAACUCCACACAAUGUUCAAACAUAAUUUACAAAUCCCCGGUCUUGAAUCAGGGACGAAACUCCUGACGCAGAUUCGACAGCGCGUAUUGACCAUGGCGGGCUCCCAAAACCCGUGCGAAAGUAUCCAGCUCGCCGCUCAGAAAUGCCUAAUCCAUUGCUGGAGGGUACUGAUGCCCUCGGCAGACGAACGCGCGCGAACCCUGUCACUACUAUUGCCCCUGAAGUCCAGUUUCUUGAUAGGUCUUCUAGUCCAGACGCUGAUGUGUGAUGGAAGUUUGGAAUCGUUUUUGUACCGAUCUCAAGUGGAGAUCGUCGCCUCAUCAGGAGAUACCGCCGAUCAAGGAAUCGCGUAUAUCCUGAACGAGCACCUUACGGAGUCGGCUCAAAUAGAAGCACAUUCUAAGUGUCAGAGUGUGCCAUUGUUGUAUCUUGUAAGGCAACUACUCAAAAGCGUCGCUCAAAGUACACUCCAACAAAUUGAAGCACCCCUCGAACACGAUCAGCCCGAAUUUUGCGAGGUGGCGAUAAAGUUCCUACUGAAAUUCCAAAGAAUAAUAUUCGCUGAGCUCAUGAACUCUAGCGGCGGGGAAAGUCAGGAUUCUCAAGAAGAACCGAUGUCGGUCUUAUUGUUACGUUAUACGAAGCUGCUCGUUAGCCACUGUGGGCAAAUCCUUCAAGCGUGUCAGAGCAACUGCGUCACGCUACCGCGCUUCAUGAAGACCCUCGUUGACGUGGUAGCGGGUAAGCAUACGAUCGUCGGUAAUCUCCUAUCGGAAUUCAUCUUGUCGUGUCUGGUCCUCGAGAGCCGCGGGAGGAGGAGCGAACUCGCGGCUCUCGUUUCUCCCUUGUUGGAUCAAUUGGAUGCGGUGAACCGCUUGACGCCCGCUGCCAGCAAAGAGGACGCGGACAAUCUGUCGUGGACAGGCCUCAGCUCCCUCACUUGCAGCGCGAAGGAACGAGUUUCGGCGGCCACGGCAGCCGAGCAGAACCCGAGCCAUCCGACACGACUCAUCCGGAAGGCCGACUUGGAGAAUAUCAAGGAGGAAGGGAGCUCUGUCUGGGUCGUAAUUCGUGGGGUGGUCUACGAUGUCGGCGCGUUCAGUGCCCUGUCGCCACCUUGCGGGGAGGCGUCUAUCGACGCCUUGAACGGUGAAGACGCGACAAAGAAUUUCGAAGCGGUCGCGCACUCGGCCGAAGCGAGGAAUCUCCUGCAGACCAUGGCGAUCGGAACCUACGUCGAUCCUGACACUGACCCGGUUCUCGAAUGCGAAGCGCACUCGAUGGGAUCUCCGCUAACGGACACGGAAUACGUCUUGGCGUAUUAUUUGGCAUUGAAUUCAAGGAAUUCAGCAGCUGUUGAAACGGAGGCUGAAAAAUCGGUCUUGCAGUGGCUCAAUUCACCGCUGUUCCAUGGCGGUCUCUUCGAGGCCCCGUACGAAGAAGAAAAGGGUGAAGUUCGUAGCUGCGGUUCUAGCAACGCGACCUCUCCUACAGAUGAAAACCAACCAAAUCGUUGUUUGAACACGGAUAUUUUCAUCAACGCGUUGGCGUCGAAUUCGGAAGCGGCCCCGAGCCUCCCGUCACUCGAACGAUUCCUGAUGUUGUGGGGCUCCUACGCCAAGCAAGAGCGAUUAUCGCUGCCUUUGGAGUUGGCGGCGGACCAUCCCAUCGAGGAGUUAUCUCGACUCUUCAUGGCGGUUCUUCUGAAGCAUACAGGCGAAGAAUUCAACGCGAUGACUGCCGUGGUGCCAAUGGAUUUGAGCGAUCCGAUCAAGAACUUCAUAAAAACAAUCCAGCAAGUCAAGUGGACGCUCAUAAAAAUCCGUCAGGAAACAGGGGGCUCAUACAAGGAAGUUUGUUUCCCCGCGGUCGAACGCGCUCGUUUCCUGUUGCACGAGCUGCGUCCGGCGAUCUCAGCCGAAGCGAUCCUGAGCGCUCCCUGUCCGUCGUUACGAUCGCGUUGGACGUGGGCUUUCGACAGAAUUCGGAACAUCAAACAGGUUCAGGAACCGCGAGAAGUCGUUGUCGAGAUAGAUUGGAAAACCCUCAUGCAGGCUAUCCAGGAUUUCGUUCUGCAGUCAGACAGUCAACUCACCGAUCUCGAACAGAUCCGGAAGCUUUACUUCAAACAAACGUCUCUGGCCCUGACCCAGCAAGCGGGACUGGAGAGGAUGGUUCAACUAUUUUCUAAGAAAGACUACCUCCUCUCGACCAAAUACGCCCUGCACUGCGGCUGGCAAGACCUGUUGAAGAUCUCUCGGGUCACCACUAGUCAAUGUUGUCCUGAUCUCACGCUGAUCUGUCCGAAACAGCGGCGUCAGAUAAAGAACACGUGCUCGAGCUUGUUUGAGUGGUGUCUCCAGGAAUUGCGUAAACUCUUAGUGGAGUGCAUCGGUAUCGACGGCAUGUACGGUCCCUCGAACAGACAGAGCGCGACCAGCAAACUAGUCUCGUUGGACAGCGCCACUGGAUGGUCGUUGACUUCACCGGCUGUUUUCACCCGAUGUCGACUUCUGAUCUGCCUCCUGUCGUACUUGCUCCAGGGUGUCGCUCGACACUUGGAUUUAUUCCUGUCGAAAAAUUUGACGGCUCACCUGUUGACACUCCUUCGACUUCUCGGUCCGGACCCGAACGGAUCGUUUGCAAGUCAGAACGUUUCACUGUAUGCUGUCAUGGAAGAAUCCAUGAAGAAAUCGACGAAAGGCUCCGCGUCUACGCCGGUCAUAUCAGGACCCGAACUCGCCGCCCUGAUGAAGAUCGGGACGAGAGUUCGGCGCGGUGCCGAUUGGAAAUGGGCGAACCAGGACGGGACGCCGCCUGGAGAAGGGAGAGUCAUUGGAGAACUGGGAGACGACGGUUGGAUCAGGGUCCAAUGGGACACCGGGAUGACGAAUUCCUACAGAAUGGGAAAAGAGGGAAAAUAUGAUCUCAAGCUGACGGAGAGCCCACCUGCCGCUAACAAUACCCUCGUGAGCUUUUCGUCGCCAGACUUGUCGCUUAGUGACGAGGAUCUGGAUCAGCCACCGCAGAGGCCGAUCACCAUGCUUCAUUCAUCGACGGUGAAUCUCCUCAAAGCUAUUCCUCUGGCAACAGCGCAGUUCCAGGGUCGGAUCGCUCCGCAUAAUAUCAGAGCGCUCUCAAAGCUACUCUUCAACAUAAUCUCCGGAGGGUUCACCAGCCACCUGCAGGUCACGGAUAACGGCUGGCUAUUGGAGGAGCAGUGUCUCAAAUGGUGCAGUCUGAGUUACGUCCGAGCGUGCUUUGCGAACAAAGCCUUCUCGCAGAGCCUAGCGUCUGGGGCCUGGGUGAAACUCAUCGUUUCCGUGGCCGCAAAGUUCCAACCCGCGAGCCUUUCAACUCAAAUCCAGUCGCUCAGACUUCUUGAAGCGGCCGUACCGCAUUGGCAGUGCACUCCUGACGAACGCGGCGAAUUCGUCGAUAGUAUCCUCCGGAUCAUCGGAGACUGUUUGACCGAAGCAUGCGCCAACGACGCAACGAUUCAAAUCCGGAACAACUCGAAUUAUGCCCGGAUGAGAGUCUGCCUCACAGCCAGUCACUGUUCCAGUGUUGCUGAGGAAUGCGUUGAGCUCUUGAGGAAACUCGGCACGCUCCCGGAGUGGUUGGAAGCGAUAACGAAUUUUCUCUCGGCGAAUCUGAACAUCGUCACGAGCUGUGCGGAAUUUCUUCAUUUUUCCUAUGGGGACGAGUUCAAGAGGAGUCUCGCGGCUUGUGCCCUUCUGGGCCAGCUAGACUCGCGGUUACGCUUGGGGUCAACGGUGGAGCACGCGGAGGCAUUCGGCGAGGACCAGGAGAAAAUCACCGGGACCGUUUGCAAGAUCGGAAUCAAGGGAAAAAUCACCAUAACGAACAAUUUCGAGAAGAGCACGCACCUACUGGGAAAUCUGAAAAUGAUCCAGCCGCCCCCCUUCAACAUACGGAACUUCGUUUCUUCCAGCUCUUCCAAUUUCCGCAGUAUGUGCUCGCUGGUCAAGACCGCAAUCACGAUGACCGAUCUGCCGACGGGUUCCCAGCCCGAGGCGGUUCUCCCCUUGCAGUACAUGUACGGCCUGAUCCGAUCUGUCAACGGGUUGUUGUCCGACCAGACGACAUUGCGAGCGAUACUCAACCAUGAGAGCUUACUCGAGAGCGUGCUCAGCGUCGCCAUCAGACCGUCGACGCUGCGAGCUAUAUUCUCGAGACAGGAAAUCGAAGCCGCCAUUCUGACUACGACGCAACAUCUGGUCGGUCAGAUAUUCGUCGGGCCCGAGCCGACCGAACGGGUCGUUUCCCCCGAACCCACCGCGAGUCGCAGCACCAGAGCCCGAAGUGGCCACUCGAGACCGAGCUCGGGUCUCAUGCUGAGCGCGGCUCAAGCCCAACUCAUCGAAAUGGGUUUCCCGCGCAAGAGCAUCGAAGCUGCCGUCAAGGUGAUCAAGACCCAACUCGGAACCAACGGCAUCGUGCACACGACUAGCCCCAGCCCGGAGAGUAUCGUAGCAUGGAUGCUGGAGAACCAGGAAUUUUUCCUCUCGGAAACUAUGUCCGAACAGGAAGAAGAUUGCGAUUCAAGUUCUUUCGAGGAACACUCCUCAAGCAGCAGUCUCUCGGGCGAGCUGGGACGCUGCGAAACCCAGAGUGGGGGGCCCAGCGCCGGGAGCAUCUACAGAAGGUACGCCGAAUUCCACGACGAGGAAGACUACGCCAGAUACAUACGGGACUGCAUUCGGGUCGGAAUGAUUGUUCGUUGCUGUAAUAGUUUCGAAGACGUUCAAGAGGGCGACAUAGGUGAAGUAACCAACCUGGAUUUCGAUAGUCUCCAAGAUCUCAACGUGAAGGUCAAUUGGCAGAAGCGAGGGCUCCAUUACUGGAUGAGAUAUGUCAACGUCGAGGUGCUGGAAGAGGGGAUGGAGCACGUGAUCAAACCCGGGGACCAUGUUCAGGUGAAGUCGAGCGUCAACAAUCCACGCUAUCGUUGGGGUUCCAUCACGCACGCGAGCGUUGGCACAGUGACCAAAAUCAAAGGUCAGCGUGUGAUCGUGGACUUUUGCGAGCAACGCUCGUGGGCGGGUUUGCUGUCAGAAAUCGAACUCGCUCGGACAGGUUGUGCGGGAAGGCAACAUUUCUGUCGGAGCAGAACCGCCCAGAGCCAUGAGACCGAGCUGCUGUACGAGCUGUCGGAAUGCAUCAAGAACUUCACGGUCUCAUCAGGGACGAUGACCGCCCACUUUUUGUUCGAACAGAAUCACGAAGCGUGGCAGAGUAUCGGUCAGCAGGGAAGACAUUGGAUUCGUCUGGAAAUGCACGACGGAGUCGCUGUCGAGAAACUUUCGAUGGAUGUGGAUCCCGCCGACGCGUCAUACAUGCCGUGUUCGGUGGUGAUUUCGGUGGGUCAUUCUCUCCAUCAUCUAAAACCCAUACGGGACCUCUACAUCGGCGCGACAGAGACUCGGGUGGUGUUACUCGAAGAAAUGACCGAAUACUACCGCUAUGUCGAAGUCGGCAUCAAGCAGUGCCGCAGCGCCGGUAUCGACUGUAAAGUCCGUGGACUCAACGUGGUCGGGAGACACAUCCAAACGUUGGACGAAGCUGCUAAUUAUCGAUUCUUGGCUCAAGAAACUGAAUGCAAGUUGGGCAUCGUCAAUCAAAUGGGUAGCCCUAGCAUGAGGGAAAAUAUCGAGUGUAAGGUCUUCGUUUGGGGACUCAACGAUAAGGAUCAGCUGGGAGGUUUGAAGGGAAGCAAGAUCAAGGAACCCAAAUUCUCUGAGGUGAUAUCCAACCUAAAGCCCAUGAACAUAGCUGGAGGAUCCAAGAGCUUAUUCAUUGUUUCCCACGACGGGAAGGUCUUCGCCUGUGGAGAGGGUACCAACGGUCGACUGGGCUUAGGACACUCACACAAUGUAGCACAACCGAAGCCGCUAACGGAUCUCAGUCCGUAUUUCAUCAAGAAAGUCGCAGUGCACUCUGGGGGGCGGCACGCAUUGGCACUCACCAUAGACGGCAGAGUGUUCUCCUGGGGAGAGGGUGAAGAUGGUAAACUUGGACAUGGCAACAAAAUCUCGUAUGAUCGCCCAAAGCUUGUAGAAUCUCUCAAGUGCAAACGUAUUCGUGACGUGGCGUGCGGAAGUUCACACUCAGCAGCCGUAACUUCCUCAGGAGAACUCUACACUUGGGGUAGCGGAGAAUACGGUAGACUCGGGCACGGAGACAACGUCCCACAACUUAAACCUAAACAGGUUCGAGCCCUGAGUCAUGAGCGCGUUGUUCAAGUGGCUUGCGGAAGCCGCGAUGCGCAAACACUUGCGUUGACAGAACGUCACUGGGUUUACUCCUGGGGUGACGGAGAUUUCGGAAAAUUGGGGAAAGGAGGAUCCGACGGGUCUUCAUUGCCGCAAAAUGUUGAGACCCUCAACAGCCAGCAAGUGAUUCAGGUUGAGUGUGGCGCUCAGUUCUCUCUGGCGCUGUCGAAGAACGGCAAAGUUUGGACGUGGGGAAAAGGCGACUACUUCAGACUGGGACACGGCUCGGACUCUCACGUUCGAUGGCCCCAAGUCGUUGAAGAGCUCGCCGACAAGAACGUGAUCCAAGUCUCUGUCGGUGCCCUGCAUUGCAUCGCCGUCACCGACAGGGGAGAAGUCUACGCGUGGGGAGACAACGAUCACGGGCAACAGGGAAACGGCAACACGACGGUCAACCGGAAACCCGCCAUAGUGCGAGGGCUCGAAGCUAUCACAAAUGUUGCUUGCGGGUCUUCGCAUUCAGUAGCUUGGUCGUCGACAGGAACUUCUCCACAAAAGCUCCAUGAUCCCAUACUGUUCCCCGUUGUCAGGGAUCCUUUGGGAGAAACGUUACUGUGUGACGACCAGCCGAGACAGGACAAAGAGGAGUCGAUACCCUUCGUGAACGGGGAUCGACCCUCGCUCAGUCGAGUCUUCCUGUCCCUCGACUCCGUGCAAGCAAAGAUCGAUGCCCUAUUCCAGGCCAUCCAGGCUCUCCAGAUACUAACAGCGAGAGAGAUCAUCAUGGUUUCGCUUAUGCCUCAUUCGCAAACGAUGGCCAUCAACUCUGCCUCCCUGGUCAAUCUGUGCUCUCGAGAACCAACUCCCCUGCGGGGCGAAAGCAGUGAACGGCUUCUACAUCUCCAACGUCAGACGAGCGAAGAGCAUCCUACAACCCUCUCAUCGCUCCCUUCAUCGACGAGCCUGUCGUCCAGAGUCUCGGCCGCUAGUAUGUUGGCGGCCGCGACCUUCUCGCCUACCUACGAGAACGAUACGAUCAUCGAUACUCGGAAGCCGUUCAUGGACGAUUUCAUAUUGCAACUGACGCCAGACGAUGCAAGACAAUUGGUCGAUUUAUUGAAAAUAUACCUAUGCGGUCGAACACCACUCCGAGACGACGUGCUCACGCCGGCCUUACUGGCCCUAGCAGCUGCCAACGCACAUGUCAAAGAAAUGCUCCUGGAAGUUUGCGUAACAGAAUUGGAAGACGUUUGCGUUGACCAAAACGCAACGCAUUGCAUACUCCAGCCAAUCAUCCAGGAGAGUCCACAUCCGUACAAAGACGACACGGUCCUCACGGGACAAGUGAGAAUUCCCGGCGCGGACUCGCUGCGUGUGGAGUUCGAUCAGCAGUGCUCCACAGAGCGACGUCAUGAUCCGUUGUGCAUCAUGGACUGGUCCGGGAGGAUCGUGGCCAACCGGUCGGGUCGGGAGUGGUCGGACUGGUCUGCCGAACUGGUCAUUCCAGGAAGUGAGCUACGCUGGCGAUUCUGCUCCGACGGUAGCGUCAACGGCUGGGGCUGGAAAUUUACCGUUUACCCCAUCGUUCUCUCAGACCAGAAGUCGUUGUUCUCCGAACUGGAGAACGUUUCGGAUCGCGCAGUCAUCUCCCGACCGUCGAUCGCUCUCGUCGUAUCGCUGCUAAACUCCGAGCAGGCGCUCCUGGCGAACGCCAAGAAGCCCACGGUGCUCCGAUUGGCCGCCGCAUUGGCUUCGUGUGCCCAACUGAAUUAUCUGAGUCCGUCGCAGAGGAUGUGGGUCCUCGAGAAAUUACGACAGCUGGUGGCAUCCACCGCUGGACAGCGGCUCAAAAUUAUGGCGCAGAGCCCGACCAGUCCCACGAAAGCAUUAUUGCCGCAGGACGAACUCGGCUUGCACGGCAGCAUGGCGCUGUCGUUGUUGCUCAAACACCUACCGGAGAUGCUCCUGCGACAAUUCGAGUAUGAGGAUCCAUUGGUGCGAGCAGGAAAACAUUUGAUGCACACACAGUUCUUCAAGGUACUCGUCGCGCUGGCCUGUGAUCUCGAGCUGGAUUUCGCUCGAGCCACCGAAGGUCAUCGGUGGAUUUGGUUCAAGCGCUUCUGCAUGACGAGUCGAGUAGCACAAGCCCUCAUUCAGAGAAGUCCUCUCCCGAUCUGUUUCUGUGAUGAGGUGAAACGGAAGCUCCGAGAACUGUUUCCAGACGAGGUUUUCGACGAGAAAGAAUACGAGAACAAUGUCGUCUUCAAGCAAGAGCAGGACGAACAAUUGGUUCUCUGGGUGAAUCGAUCUCCCGACGAGUGGACACUCUCGUGGGGAGGAAGUGGAGUCAUUCACGGCUGGGGCCACAACCAUAGAGGACAACUCGGUGGUGUAGAAGGUGCCAAAGUCAAGACGGCAACGAUUUGCGACGCCCUCACCGCCUUGAGACCGGUGCAAAUCGUUGGAGGAGAGCAGACUCUAUUCGCCCUGACGAGCGACGGAAAGGUCUAUGCUACUGGAUACGGAGCGGGUGGACGUCUCGGAAUCGGGGGCACCGAGUCGGUGUCGACCCCGACUCUGAUCGAGACCCUUCAGCACGUGAUUGUGACACAAGUUGCGGUGAAUUCUGGGGGCAAGCACUGUCUUGCUCUCACAUCGUCCGGAGACGUAUUCUCGUGGGGUGAAGGAGAUGACGGCAAACUCGGUCACGGGUCGAAGGCCCUCUGUGAGCGACCGAAACUAAUUGAAUCUCUGCGAGACAAACACGUCGUUUCCGUAGCGUGCGGGGGAGCUCAUUCGGCCUGCAUCACGGCGUCCGGCGAACUAUACACCUGGGGCAAAGGAAGGUACGGACGACUGGGCCACGGGGACUCUGAGGAUCAGUUGAAGCCGAAAAAAGUCGAAGAGCUCGCAGGACACAACGUAUUGGACGUUGCCUGCGGUAGUGGCGAUGCCCAGACCCUAUGCGUUUCACGAGACGGCCUCGUCUGGUCAUGGGGAGAUGGCGAUUACGGGAAACUCGGCAGAGGAGGUUCGGAUGGUUGCAAAUUCCCUCAGAAAAUCGACUCACUCCAAAACGCCGGAGUGAUCAAGGUCGAAUGCGGAUCACAGUUCUCCGUGGCGCUCACUGCGGCAGGGGUUGUGUACACCUGGGGUAAAGGCGAUUACCACCGACUCGGACAUGGAAGUGAAGAUCACGUCCGAAGACCUCAGGCUGUCCAAGGUGCCUUGCAGGGGAAGCGUGUCAUUCAGGUUGCUGUGGGAUCGUUGCAUUGUGUCGCCUGCACGGACUCGGGUGAGGUGUUCACGUGGGGCGACAACGAUGAAGGUCAACUCGGAGACGGUUCUACGAACGCGAUUCAGCGGCCGAAACUCGUCGCCAGCCUUAAGGGCAAGAAGAUGAAUCGAGUAGCGUGCGGUUCGGCCCACACGGUCUCGUGGUCGACGUCAAAGAGCGCUCACAAAACAGUCACCCAGCUCCCGACCCAGAUCCCGCUCGAAUACGAUCACUUGAAAGACAUUUCGAUGCAACAACUCCGCAACAGAUACUGCUUAUUGUUCCUGUUCAACGAGAUGUUCUGCCCGACGAUCCCGCUCCUCGAUCUAUCGCCGGGAUCGCCCUUCAAUUGCCUCAAGGGUCUGCUUAUGCUCAACGGCAAGGAGACCGCCUUCAGGAAAAUCGUCCAGACGACGAUGGUCCGCGACCGCCAGCACGGUCCCGUCGUCGAACUCAAUCGGAUGAGUAAUCCAGCCACCCGGAAAACGGUUUUCGCACAAAUGGUCGCGAAGAUGUCUCUGCUGACACCAGAAUGUCUCUUGCUGCCGCACCGAGUCUGGAAAGUGAAAUUCGUCGGGGAAAGCGUCGACGACUGCGGUGGAGGCUACAGUGAGAGCAUCGCCGAAAUGUGCGAAGAGCUGCAGAAGGGCAAUGUGCCUCUGUUAACACUCACGCCCAACGGACGCGAAGAAGCCGGCACAUCGCGGGAUUGCUUCCUCUUCAAUCCGGAAGCUACAUCGGUUUACCGGGAAUGGUUUAAAUUCUUGGGGAUACUCAUGGGAGUGGCGAUCCGCACAGGGAGCCCGCUGUCCAUCAAUCUGGCUGAGCCCAUGUGGAAACUCCUCACCGGGGAUUCAUUGACCGUCACGGAUCUGAAUGAAGUCGACAGAGACUACGUUCCGGGACUCAUGUACAUAAGAGAUUUGGAUGCCGACGCUUUCAGCCGGCUGGAGAGCAUUCCAUUUGUCACGCACUCUUGCGUCGGGAACCAAGUUGCCCUGAGCUCCAAAUUCAUGAAUGUGACCAUAGAAAAUCGACUCGAAUAUAUUCGACUGGCUAUUAAUUACAGAUUGCACGAGUUCGACGAGCAAGCCAGUCUGAUUCGAGAGGGCUUGGCCAAGGUGAUUCCGGUUCCGUACCUCGCUCUUUUCACGGCUCACGAGCUGGAGCUCAUGGUUUGCGGGAGUCCGGACAUACCGAUCGGCCUCCUGAAAUCGGUCGCGACCUACAAAGGUGUCGAAUCGGAUUCUUCGCUCGUCCAGUGGUUCUGGGAAGUGAUGGAGGAGCUGAGUCAGGAAGAACGAGGACUCUUCCUCCGUUUCGUUUGGGGUCGCACCCGUCUGCCCAGAACAAUAGCGGAUUUCCGAGGCCGCGAUUUCGUGCUUCAAGUCCUGGACAAGUAUUCUCCACCGGACAGCUUCCUUCCGGAGAGUUACACCUGUUUCUUCCUUCUGAAAAUGCCUCGAUAUUCCUGUAAACUGGUCCUGAAAGAGAAGCUCAGAUACGCAAUACAUUUCUGCAAGUCAAUCGACACCGAUGAUUACGCUCGCGUCGCCAUGGAAGCCGAUCCAGGAGCUGCUGGCGGCGACGACAACCUUUCCACGGAAAGCUUCUCAGAAGUCGGAUCUAUCGCGGGGUCCGACGAUCAACUUACUGGGAGCUCGUCACAACAUUUUCGAGGGCCACCGCCGAUGUAUAUGUAAAUGGUAGAUCUUUCACACGAGCGUUAUUCUCGCGCUAUUCUGUGGACCGUCGCGACGGGUUUCCAGGAAAUCCCACGGCGCGUUCGAUCGAACGGCGGAGCCAGGCACACAUGAACCAUUGGUUCACGCCAGAGAUCGGGGCGUCCGCUGCCACCGUGUAGAUAAGGUGUCUCUAUCAUUGUUGAAAUAUAUGUGCUGUGAGUAGUAUGUCUCAAUAUAUAAUAAUAUAUUCGAUACUUCCGGAAAGGCGAAAAAUCCGAUUCCUGUAAAGCGUUUGAGGACCUUGAGGAGCAGGGAAUGUUUCAGAGCAGAGGAUUCGAUUGAUGAAUGGGCGGAUGAGCUUUUCGAAACUC